AGCACAGCAAACAUGGUACACAUACUAAAGCGCAUGCGCAAGCUACGCGAAAAGCUGCUAUGGAUAAGAUGUGGGCCUGGCGCUCUCAUAUUGCCCAAGGAGGUGUCAAAGAUCACCAUGGAGUUCAACGCAAAGAUCUAUGGAGGGCACAGAGGGGCAAGGAAAUUCUGGCGCGAAAUGCUACCUAGAAUAAAAUACCGAAACCCCUCGGUUCCUAUCCAAAUUUCACGACACACGGACGCGGACGGUCCUUCGGUGCUGCACAUCUAUACUGCCUCGAAGACACAACCGGCGCCCGGCACUACAAAUGCGCCCACAAACCAACAAUCCAAUGCUGCACCGCCGUCAGGCACACCGAACCCACGUAACACGCUGGUACCCGAUACCUCGAAACCCACAUAUACGAUCGACAUAAGAGACCAAAUGGAGAGCGAGAUUUUGGAGGCUCUAGUAGCGAGAACCGGGGCACAGGCGAUUGAGCCCACUGAACAGGAGUUGGCGGAGAUGCAGGAGAUUGCCGAAGCCAAGGAGAGGAGCGAGGCGGAUAGAGUGCAAGUCCGAGAGUAUGUGAUGAAGCAGCGCAGGGAGGAAGAGAUGCUCAAACUGGCGAGGGGAGAGGUGCCAACGACGAACUAGGUGUUUGGGCAAACGGGAGACAUGCGCAAUGGGUGAAUGAUAUGGGCAUUGCAUUUGGACUACACUCCACUGGCGCCAGAGCCAGACUACUGUAUAACAUGUACAUUUCCAAUAACAAUGCGCAUGGGAUGCGCCAGCAAUAUACAACCCAGGCCGUCAUGAAGUCGCAAAUAGCAUUGGCUGCGUUCCGGAGUGCACGCGGUCGCUGUCCACGGUUCGACACUUGCCGCAUUCAGUGCACUGCAUG